AUGAGUACACUGCCGCAGCAUCGACAUCAGGCAGACCUGAUAAAAAAGGAACAGCAGAGAAUAAGACGGGCUGCUCAACAGCAUCCACCACAGAGCACAAUCUCACACUCUGGCUCAACUACCUUGCGACCUAUUGGAGUGUCACCUCAAGCGAAUGCAUCGGGCUCUGAACCUACUGCACAAUCACUCGAUGGGUUGAGCAAGGCACCUCAGCUGUCCGAGAUUGCUAAGCGAUAUUCUAAAUUGCCUCGGUCGUCUCGGAUUGGACUGAGUAUAGGGCUUUUGGGGAUCUCACUACUGGGAAUCUAUCUAACGGAUCCAUCUGAAGUAGAACUUCCCAAACCUUCUACACCUACUGUUUCUACUAUAGUAAAAAAGGAUCAAUUCAUCGAGAGUCUUGAAGCCGAACUCGAGGCAGUUGAACCAAGACUAUCAAAAUAA